AUGUCUUCAGCACUUCCGCCUUCGUCAAUACCGCUCUUCGACACCGUAGCGUCGUAUAGGGAAUGGAGGCACAAGGUUCGCGACGAGAAGAAGUCGGUGGGAUAUGUCGCCACGAUGGGCGCGUUGCAUGACGGGCAUUUGUCUCUCGUGAAGCGCUCUCUCGCCGAGAAUGACCUCACCGUGCUCUCCAUAUUCGUGAACCCCGCGCAGUUCGCGCCGCACGAAGACCUCGCGACCUACCCGCGUACGCUCCCGCGCGACCUCGAGCUGCUCUCCGCGCUCUCCGUCCCCGGGCACGACGGGUCCGCGCGCACCCCGUCCGCGGUAUUCGUGCCCACGGUGAACGAGAUGUACCCGAGCGGGAUCUCGCAGAACACGCAGGAGCAAAAGGGGACGUUCGUCGAGGUGAUGGGGUACGGGCACCAGAUGGAGGGCCGUACGCGCCCGACGUUCUUCCGCGGGGUCGCGACUGUGGUCACUAAGCUAUUUAAUGCGAUUGAGCCGACGCGCACGUACUUCGGGCAGAAGGACAUCCAGCAAGCCCUCUUGCUUCGCCGUAUGACGCGCGACCUCCUGCUCUCGCAUCCCGACCCGGAGCACCUCUAUAUCGUGCCCACCACCCGGGACCCUACGACAUCUCUGGCGCUGUCCUCCAGAAACGCAUACCUAUCACAGCACGAGCGCGACCACGUAGCGCCUGCACUCUACGCCGCGCUACAAGCAGCGCAGUCCUCUUGGGAAGCGGGUGCCUCAAAAACCGAGUGCAUACAACGCGCGCAGGCCGUGAUCGAGAAUAAAAAGCGCGAGGCCGGCGAGUCCGUCGACCUCCGGCUGGACUACAUCGAGAUGAAUGACGCGGAGUCCUUCGAGGUGCUCGCGGACGCUGUGCAGCGGGAAGAGUGGGAGGCAGGGUUCGCCGGGCGGCCGGUCAUUUUGAGCGGGGCGAUGUGGGUGGGCAAGACGCGGCUGAUCGACAAUAUUGUACUGGGGGGGCGGCAUACACUGGGUAUCGUCGACUAA